AUGUCCGUAGUACUCCACGAAAGAUUCACAGCUACCGGCGGCCCCAAGCCUUCAUAUAAAGCCCCCUCAGUAUGGGAAAAGAGUUGUCCCUGGGGCAUGCAAGCGCCCCUUCUCCCCCGGGUUCGGUUCACAGAUGAGACUAUUAUCCCCGUGAUAGUACGUCUCGAGGAAGGCGAGCCCGAGUCCGACAUUGACAUGGAGAAGGAAAAGGCUCAAAGGCAACGCCGCUCCUCCAAAGUGCUCUCCAAACUCCGCCAUCGACUCCAGGAUUUUGGCGUCACGCUCGGGACCAGCAAGCCGCACGUAAAAUGCGUGUUCAUGCCCCGACGAGAGUAUCUCAAGUAUUUCGCCCAUGAUACACAAGGAAAUUAUAGUGGGUCUGAGCUUCAGCGGACGUGGUCGGAGGAUGAGCUUGACGCUAAGUUUAAGAAGUAUCAGUACGAGAAAGCAGCGAGAUGGGGGGUUUGCAGAGAAGAAACUAGAGAGCUUACAGAAGAAAAUAGGGAGAGUGAUAUGGGUGGUUUGUAUCUUUCCAAAGCAUGUGAGCGCACCUGGCUCUCCAUGGAAAAUUGUCAACAAGAUGCUCUUUGCGAAUCUCAUAACUCUUUCAGUCGGGGGCUCAAAGUGCCAGUUAAGGUACUCCCUACUACCGGAAUCGAUGUUUUGGUAUAUGGUGUCGAUCCAGGUGUUCAUUCGAAUUCUGUACAUGCUAACGGUGUAUUUCUUACGCUCUUGACACGAGAUGGGUCGCAUGACGAGGUGCAUAGCAAUAAAGUGAGCGAUGAGAAGUUGGCUAACCGUGUUUAUUGGCUCGCACAGGUCGACGAAAUCUUCAUGGCAGACCGUCACGAUGAAUUUACACACGUUUACAUGGGCUUGAUGAAUGCGGUAUCAAAUGGUGGGGUUCCUUUCAAACGCCCAUUCAUGAUCGCGAUGCCAGAGUUGGGAUCCUCAUUUGCAAGCACAGCUUAUAUGUUCUGGUCUCGUACUUCCUGUGACACCAGGUUACAAGACCUUGUUAAUACCAGGAAAGCGUUUAGGCCAUCAUCCAUAUACCAAGACUGUAAAAGUAAGGCAUGGCAUGCUGCAAUUACUGCAUCAGCCUCCCCUACAGACCGUAAAGGCGCCCUCAAGGCUUCAUUAAGACCCUUGCUAGCUUUGAGCCUGUGA